AUGAGCAUGGAAAUUGCUGUCAAGUGGUUUAUAAUUUGUUAGGCAAUGGGGCAGUUCCCUCUAUUAGGCAAGGACAAGGGAAAUUGUUGUUGGAGGACCAUGCUGAUGCGAGUAAGUAUGAGCUACAAGCGACGGGCUGAUCUACGUCCCGUCUACAAGCAGAUACGCAAGUGGAUACAGAACACGUCGAGAGACAUGAGCGUUACUUACUUGGAGUUGCCCGACAAGUCCGAGGGCGACAAAAAGCAAUACCGAGCACUCCAGCUUAACAACGGCCUACGAGCUCUGCUUAUCUCGGACCCGGCCAAUGAUGAAGCGACCAGUUCCUUCAUCGGGCCACAACACAGCCGAAUUUCGAGCAAGAGCGACUCGAGUGCCUCCAUCCAGCAGUAUAAAGGCAAGCUGGCCGCCUGCGCCGUGCUAAUGGGCGUGGGCUCCUUCGCUGAGCCGCCACAGUUUCAGGGCCUGGCGCAUUUUCUAGAGCACAUGAUAUUCAUGGGCUCACAGAAGUAUCCGGCCGAGAACGCUUUCGACGCGUUCAUUAGCAAGUGCGGCGGCUUUAGCAAUGCCCAUACCGAAAACGAGGACACUUGCUUUUAUUUUGAGGUGGAGGAACAAUACUUGGACCAGACUUUGGACAUGUUUAUGAAUCUGAUGAAGGCGCCACUUAUGAAUAUAGAUGCCAUGGCGCGCGAGCGCUCUGCCGUGCAGUCAGAAUUUGACCAAACGCACAUGGUCGAUGAAGUGCGCCGCGAUCAACUGCUGGCCAGCAUGGCUAGCGAGGGUUAUCCCCACAACACCUUCGGCUGGGGUAAUCACAAGUCGUUGAAACACAAGGAUUUCCGGCGCAAGCACUAUGGCUCCAAUCGCAUGAUAGUUUGUCUACAGGGCGAGCUAUCGUUAGACGAGCUGGAGCAACUGCUGCUAAAGCACUGCUCGGACAUACCCCAAAGCGAGCAGCAGCCCAUGGAUUUGUCCCAACUCAACUAUGCGCAAGCGUUUCGUGAGGAGUUCUUUCGCGAUGUGCUGCUGGUGCAGCCCGUAGAGGACGUCUGCAAGCUGGAGCUUACCUGGGUGCUGCCACCCAUGAAGCCGCACUACAAGUGCAAGCCAGACGCAUUCAUGGCGCAGAUGCUGGGCUACGAAGGUGUCGGCAGUCUGUGCUCCUUUCUGCGCCGCCGCCUCUGGUGCAUGACCGUUAUGUCGGGCGUGGGCGGCAGCAGCUUUGAGUCUAACUCUAUGUACUCCCUCUUCACCGUUUGCAUUUAUAUGACGGACGAGGGAUUUGCUCAUCUGGACGAUGUGGUGUCAGCCACCUUCGCCUGGAUACGCAUGCUAAACGACUGCAAGACUCUGAAGACCAGCUACAGUGAAAUGCAGCAGAUUACCGCUAACAACUUUCGUUUUCAAAUCGAGGCACCCGCCAUGGAGAACGCGCAGAGCAUGGUGGAGAACUUUAGCUAUCUGCCGUCCAAGCACGUAGUGAGUGGCACACAGCUCUACUUCGAGUACGAUGAGGCGUCUAUGAAGCUGCUGCGGCGUCACCUGGGCACCUUUCGUUUCAAUAUGAUGAUCACCUCGCACAUUCCUUACGAGAACUAUGACUACAAUCAGAAGGAACGCUGGUUUGGCACAAGCUACAGGUCCAUAGACAUGCCGGAAAAGUGGCGCGACAUGUGGUUCAAUCCCAGCCAGCAUCCGGAGCUACAGGUGCCGCCGCAUAAUCCUUUUGUGACUACAGACUUCACGCUGCACUGGGUGGAAGCGGGCCAGCCGCAUGUGUCUCGUCGCCCUAAGGCGCUGAUCAAAAACGAAGUUUGCGAGCUCUGGUUUCGACCGGACGACACUUUCCUUCUCCCCGAUGGCUACAUAAAUCUCUAUUUCAUAACACCAAUGAUGCGCCAGAGCGCUUGCGAGUAUAUGGCGGCUGUGCUAUAUACCUACCUGGUGGAGUUCGUCAUUGCGGAACAGCUCUACCCAGCGCUAAUGGCAGGCCAGGGUUAUAGCCUGGAGACGACGGACAAAGGCCUGAUGCUGCGAGUCAAUGGCUACAACCAGAAGCUACAUUUGGUGCUGGAGAUAAUUCUGCAUGUGAUGCAGCACAUAAAACCCACCGAGGCCAUGGUAAUGUCCAUAAAAGAGCUGAAAAAGCGCCAGCUCUUCAAUGCCGUCAUCAAUAGCAAGUCCCUCAAUCUGGAUCUGCGUCUCACGGUACUAGAGAACAUGCGAUUUACGCUGUUGCAGAAGUAUGAGGCGCUCAAGGCGGUGACGAUAGAGGACAUCAAUAAGUUUAAGGAUAACUUUUACAAGCAAAUGUUCGUGAAGGCGCUGGUGCAGGGCAAUUUCAAGGAGCAGCAUGCUCGGGACUUAAUGCAGAUGGUCCGGAACGCUUACCCCAGCGAGCAAAUAGACCUGUCUACCCUGCAAAAUCGUUAUGUGCAAUUGCCACUGGGCCAGCACUUUUUGCGUGUGAAGUCGCUCAACUCGGAGGAUACCAACACUAUUGUGAGUAAUUACUAUCAGAUUGGUCCCAGCAACCUCAGAAUGGAGUGUCUUAUGGACCUGGUCGACCUCAUUGUGGAGGAGCCAUUCUUUAACCAGUUGCGUACCCAAGAGCAGCUCGCCUAUAGUCUGGGGCUCUAUCAGCGCAUAGGCUACGGCAUACAGGCGUUCGUACUGAACAUCAAUACGCAGGAGUCCAAGCAUCGCGCGGACUUUGUGGAGGGGCGUCUCGAAGCGUUUCGUGCUUCCAUGCCAGCACUGGUGCGACAGCUGAGUGAGGAGGAGUUCAAUCAGUUGCGAGAUACGCUCGUCAACAGUAAGAAGCUUGGCAAUCUCAGUUUACAUGAUGAGGUAAUGCGCAACUGGAGCGAAAUAACCAGCGGGGAGUACUUCUUCAAUCGCACUGAGAUGCAGAUACAGACAAUCAGCCAAAUCAGCCAGGAGGAAGUGAUCGACUUUCUUAUUAACUAUGAAGAGAAGAAUUUGCGUAAGCUCUCCGUGCAGGUUGUGGGAAGAGCAACAGGAUCGAUGCAUUCGCCUACCCAAUCUAUUGCAGAGUCGGUGUCUGCAAGGCAGGGUUCAACGACUCAUGUGAGGCGAAGUGGUUCUCUGGCCAUGAUGGUGUAUGAAGUCCAACGCAAUAUAUCCGAGGAGCAGCUGCUUUUCGAGCAGAUCGGCGAGCGUGUCAAGCUGGAGUUCAUUGGGGAUGUCACCAAUCCGUCGCAUAUCAUUGAUAUUGAGGCCUUCAAGAGGAACCUACACGUCUAUCCAUUCAUUAACACCAACCCCAAGCUUAGUAGCAAAACCUAACAUUAUUCUAGAUUAGAUUAUUUUAGAUCGUAGUUGAACUUGUAAACAGUUCAAAACACCUCGCGUAUGUUGUGAGCUGCUUUGGAAUGAAUACAAAUGUAAUUAUUUCUCUCUAA